UAUUUUUUAAGUUUCUCUUCUCCCACUCUGUGACGAAUAAUUCUGCGUUUCUUCCUCUCCUCCUACAGUCCUACUCUGUUUGGAUCCCUUAGUUUUUCAAUCCCCGAAUUUUCAAUCUAUUCACUACGAUCGCCGAUCACCGAUCACCGAUUGCUUUCUCCUCCUCCCUGAAAUCCAAUAGACAUGGCGUCAAAUGCGCAACUCGACAAGAUGCAGCUCCGCCGGAACUAUCGCAAUGUCUGGCAUACCGAUCUCACGAAAACCAUUCAGGCUGAUCCUCCUUAUUGCUGCUUCGCACUCUGGUGUGCGCCAUGUGCAUCAUACUUGCUCCGGAAACGAGCUCUAUAUAAUGACAUGUCAAGGUAUACUUGUUGUGCUGGCUAUAUGCCCUGCAGUGGCAAAUGUGGGGAAAGUAAAUGCCCCGAGUUUUGUCUUUGUACUGAGGUUUUCUUCUGCUUUGGAAACUCAGUGGCCUCUACCCGUUUUCUUUUGCAAGAUGAAUUCAAUAUCCAAACAACAAAAUGUGACAAUUGCAUCAUUGGUUUCAUGUUCUGCCUAAGCCAAAUUGCAUGCAUUUUUAGCUUAGUUGCAAUGAUUGUUGGAAGUGAAGAGAUUCAAGAGGCAUCUCAAUUACUGAAUUGCUUGUCUGAUAUGGUGUAUUGCACGGUUUGUGCAUGUAUGCAGACGCAACACAAGAUUGAAAUGGACAAACGAGACGGGAUGUUUGGUCCACAACCAAUGGCUAUGCCCCCUGUUCAGCAAAUGUCACGCAUUGAUCAGCCAGUUCCUUCCACAGUUGGCCAUCUCCCACCACCAUAUGGACAGCCCUAUCCACCUCCUCAAACUCAAGGCUAUCCGGCACCAGGUUAUCCUCCAGCACAGUACCCCCCUCCUGGUUAUCCUCCUGCUCAGUAUCCUCCACAUGGGCAUCCUCCAGCUCAGUAUCCUCCACCUGGUUAUCCUCCAGCUCAGUACCCUCCACCUGGGUAUCCUCCCGCUAAGUAAUCUUAUUGUGAUGGAUAGAUUGAUUCACAUGCCCAAUUCUUUGGUAACUGCAUGAUUAAGACGGAGCUGUUUUGGCUUUAUUAAUUUUACUUUUACGUGGAAAUGCAAUUGGCAUCGGCAGAGUUGUCCUGUUGAUUAAACCUUGGACUCGGAGGGUUCCAGAACAUAUGCUAUUGUCAUGUCUUCGCCGAUCAAAAAGAUAUGCUAUUGGCAUGUGUAUUAUAAGACAUAUUUUCCUUUUUAUUUUAUUUUCCUUCUUCCGUUACUACUGAUUGUGCAAAUCUAUUGAACGUGGC